GUGCAGAGCAGCCACAGAAGCAGCUGCGACAGCUCAGAGAAUAGCAGAACUUGAAGCUCAGAAGAGAAAGCAAGCAGAAGCAGCAGCCCUUAGAGAAAUGGAGGAGAAGAAAAGGGUUUUGAGCACUCUAAAUCAAGGUGAUGUAAGGUUUAGGAAAUACACAAUCCAGGAGAUUGAACAAGCCACAGGAAACUUCUCUGAUUCCCGCAAGAUUGGAGAAGGAGGCUAUGGACCAGUUUACAAAGGCAAUCUAGAUCAUACACCAGUUGCAAUAAAAGUUCUACGCCCAGAUGCAGCACAAGGAAGAUCACAGUUCCAGCAAGAAGUAGAAGUACUGACCUGCAUGAGACAUCCGAACAUGGUUCUUCUGAUUGGAGCCUGCCCAGAAUAUGGCUGUCUAGUCUAUGAAUACAUGGCCAAUGGUAGCUUAGACGACCGUCUUUCCCGACGAGGCAACACUCCUGUUCUUCCUUGGCGGCUAAGAUUCCGGAUAGCAGCUGAAAUUGCCACCUGUCUUCUUUUCCUUCACCAGACAAAACCAGAGCCACUGGUGCACCGUGACCUGAAACCAGGCAACAUUUUACUUGACCAGAACUUUGUUAGCAAGAUUUCUGAUGUCGGGUUGGCAAGGCUUGUCCCUCCAUCGGUAGCAGAGACCAUGACACAGUACAGAAUGACAGCAACUGCUGGAACAUUCUUCUACAUCGAUCCAGAAUAUCAGCAAACCGGUAUGCUGGGAACUAAAUCAGACGUAUACUCACUCGGGAUCUUGCUUUUGCAAAUGAUUACAGCCAAACCCCCCAUGGGUUUGACUCAUUAUGUUGGGAGAGCAAUCGAGAAGGGGACUUUUGCUGAGAUGCUAGACCCUAAUGUUCCUGACUGGCCGCUUGAGGAAGCCUUGGCAUUUGCAAAACUGGCUCUGCAGUGUUCGGAAUUACGGCGUAAAGACAGACCCGACCUAGGGAAAGUCGUCUUGCCUGAGCUUAACAGACUCAGAGCUCUAGCCGAAGAGACCAUGCCUCUCGCCUUCGGAGGACAUGAGCGGCCUUCAUCCACAGCUUCCAUUCAAGAGCUGCAAUAUGGAUAUGAGAGCGGAAAGAGCCGUACCACCAUACCAUCCAAUGGAGGAAGACAUCCAAAGUAGAUGAUGAACAAGUCACCGGAAGAAGGCGAAGCGAGGAAGAUGAGAAGGCUGGUUGCUACUACUCAGAAUGCUUCUCCAAUGUAAAGGGGGAAGCCCUUUUGUUCUAUAUGACGGCAUCAAGUAAAAAAUCUCGCGGAAUCAUCUCUCCGGUCACCGGAAGUCAAUUCUUCUCGAUAUCGUACACGCCGUCGAAAUUCAUGUCUUCAUCUUCUUCCACGAUUCCGAGCUGAUUUUUCAGCAUUCGAUUCGAGUUUUGGUUCCUUUCUCGGAUUCGUAUUUUAUACCUUUAAUUUUGAAAAUGUUUAUUUGUA